UUCUCUUAUUACGUAAAGCUUCACAAACCAUGUCACGAGCCACAUACAUAUGACGUCAUGAUACCCGCAUUACGUUCGAAUUUUUUGAGCACGCAUUGCACCAGUGGCUACACUGAGGGCACAACGUAAGUCCACGUGUCUAGAGUACACGAACGCGCUCUAUAUGUUGACAUCUGGGCGCAUGUGGUUACAAGAGCAGCGUACGGCCUAGUGAGUCUUUCUUGUUAUGCGUUCUUCGUUUCGCAAUCCAGUAUCCUAAGUCUGUACCGAACUAUCGGGACUUAAUCAGUUCUUUAGCGAGAAGACGACAUGAUCGACUUCCAGGCCGUGGUUAUGGCCGCAGGCCGCGGCUCCCGGCUCACUGAGCUCUUGACCGCCGAUUGCUUGAAGUACCAGCUUCCCGUUGCAAACUUACCCAUGAUUUACUACCCAUUGCGCGCCCUCAAGAACGCCGGUUUCACCGAGGCCAUCGUCAUCCUGCCGUCGUCGGCGCGCGGUCGCGUCGAUGACUCGCUGGCCGACCGGGUUGGACUUCGACUCGACUACGAGUUCGUCGCCGCUGCCGCCGCGGAAGACGACCUGGGCACGCUGCAGAGCCUGCGCCAGAUCGUCACCAAGAUCAAGAAGGACGUGUUAGUCGUCGGUUGCGACCUGGUGACCGACUUCGACUUCACGCUGGUCGCGAACUUGCACCGAGUUCGCAACGCGACCAUGACCGUACUGCUGGCGCCGGCCUCGCAGUCUUUGCGGGAGUCUCCCGUGCCCGGGACGCGCGGGAAACCGAAACUCGAACGAGACCUGGUGGGGAUCGAACCCGGCACCCAAAGGCUCGUCCUGUUCAACGCCGAGGCCGACUUCGAGGAGACCGUCACGCUGCGGCGGAAGGUGCUCAGGGAGCACCCCGUCGUUGACGUGCGGUCCGACCUGGUGGACGCCCACGUCUACCUCCUGAACAGGUGGCUCCUCCCGUACCUGUUGAAGGACGCCAGUAUCACGACGAUCAAAGGCGAGCUGGUACCGUUCUUGACGAGGUAUCAGUUCAAAAACGCUCCCCCGAAGCGGACUUCGGAAGACGUCGUGGACGGGGAGCAAGCGGACACCGACAUAUUCAGGUAUGCUCCGCAGAGUGGGAGCGAUCUUUUUGGUCUGGAUAUAGGGGAUGACCUUAACCUGGGCGACACAGGCACACAGAAGAAUCCAAUACGCUGCUACGCCUAUGUCGCUGAAGGAUCAUUUUUAGUGAGAACAAAUACAGUCGCUGGAUAUAUGGAGGCAAAUCGACAGGCUUAUCAGUUGAGCAAGGAAAUCUUUCCGCACAUCUCCCCUGGUCGUUUUGACAACAUCGUCGCCGACAAAGUAGAGUUUGGCGAGAAGUCGUCUGUCCGUCACUGCGUGCUAGGUCAGAACUGUCGGAUCGGAGCGCAAGCCAAAGUGUCGGACUCUGUGCUUCUGGACGGCGUCACAGUCGGUGACGGUGUGAGCAUACAGGGUUGCAUUGUCUGCGGGACGCAAGAAAUCGGUGCUGGUGCAGUGCUCAAGAACUGCGUCGUGGCCCACAAGAAGAACGUCGCUGCUCAGGCCAAGCACUCCAACGAAGUUCUUGGAACUUUUGUAGAAAUUUAGCCAUGCAAAAAUAGACGAAUAAAAUGCCUUUGUAGUCCG